ACACUGCACUUCCUGAGGAGAAUGAAGCAGGAGGAGCUGGCUGAGCGUCUGCAGAGCAAAACUCUCGCAGGGUGCCAACGUGAACUCAGAUCUAACCUGAAGAAGAAGUUUGAGUGUGUGUUUGAGGGGAUUGCUAAAGCAGGAAACCCAACACCUCUGAAUCAGAUCUACACAGAGCUGUACAUCACAGAGGGAGAGAGUGGAGAGCUCAAUGAGGAACAUGAGGUCAGACAGAUUGAAACAGCAUCCAGGAAACCAGCCAGACCAGAAACACCAAUCAAAUGUGACGACAUCUUCAAACCUUUACCUGGAAGAGAUCAACCAAUCAGAACAGUGAUGACAAAGGGAGUGGCUGGCAUUGGGAAAACAGUCUUAACACAGAAGUUCACUCUGGACUGGGCUGAACACAAAGCCAACCAGCAUGUCCACUUCACAUUUCCUUUCACUUUCAGAGAGCUGAAUCUGCUGAGAGGGAAAAAGUUGAGCUUGGUGGAACUUGUUCAUCACUUCUUCACUGAGACCAAAGAAGCAGGAAUCAGCAGGUUUGAGCAGUUCCAGGUUGUGUUGAUCUUUGACGGUCUGGAUGAGUGUCGACUUCCUCUGGACUUCAAGAACAACCAGAUCCUGGCUGAUGUCACAGAGUCCACCUCAGUGGACGUUCUACUGACAAACCUCAUCAAGGGGAACCUGCUUCCCUCUGCUCACCUCUGGAUAACCACACGACCCGCAGCAGCCAAUCAGAUCCCUCCUGAGUGCGUUGGCAUAGUGACGGAGGUGAGAGGCUUCACUGACCCACAGAAGGAGGAAUACUUCAGGAAGAGAUUCAGAGAUGAGGAGCAGGCCAGCAGAAUCAUCUCCCACAUCAAGACGUCACAAAGCCUCCACAUCAUGUGCCACAUCCCAGUCUUCUGCUGGAUCACUGCUACAGUUCUGGAGGACGUGUUGAAAACCAGUGAUGGAGGAGACCUGCCCAAGACCCUGACUGAGAUGUACAUCCACUUCCUGGUGGUUCAGUCCAAAGUGCAGAACAUCAAGUAUCAUGGGAGAGCUGAGACAGAUCCACACUGGACCCCAGAGACCAGGGAGAUGAUCCUGUCUCUGGGAAAACUGGCUUUUGAGCAGCUGGAGAAAGGCAACCUGAUCUUCUAUGAAGCAGACCUGGCAGAGUGUGGCAUUGAUAUCAGAGCAGCCUCAGUGUACUCAGGAGUGUUCACACAGAUCUUUAAAGAGGAGCGUGGGCUGUACCAGGACAAGGUUUUCUGCUUUGUCCAUCUGAGCGUUCAGGAGUUUCUGGCUGCUGUUCAUGUCUUUGUGACAUUCAUCAACUCUGGAGUCAAUCUGCUGUCAGAAGAACAAUCAACCUCCCAACUAAAACACCUCCACCAGAGUGCUGUGGACAAGGCCUUACAGAGUCCAAAUGGACACCUGGACUUGUUCCUGCGCUUCCUCCUGGGUCUUUCACUGCCGACCAAUCAGACUCUCCUACGAGGCCUGCUGACACAGACAGGAAGUAGCUCACAGACCAAUCAGGAAACAGUCCAGUUCAUCAAGGAGAAGAUCAGGGACAGUCCCUCUCCAGAGAGAAGCAUCAACCUGUUCCACUGUCUGAAUGAGUUGAAUGACCAUUCUCUAGUGGAGGAGAUCCAACAGUACCUGAGUUCAGGACGUCUCUCCACAGACAAACUGUCCCCUGCUCAGUGGUCAGCUCUGGUCUUCAUCUUACUGUCAUCAGAAGAAGAUCUGGAGGUGUUUGACCUGAAGAAAUACUCUGCUUCAGAGGAGGCUCUUCUUGGGCUGCUGCCACUGGUCAAAGCCUCCAAGAAAUCUGUGCUGAGUGUGUGUAAUCUGUCAGAGAGAAGCUGUGCAGCUCUGGCCUCAGUUCUCAGCUCCCAGUCCUCUAGUCUGAGAGAGCUGGACCUGAGUGACAACCAGCUGCAGGAUUCAGGAGUGAAGCUGCUCUCUGCUGGACUGGAGAGUCCACACUGUAGACUGGAGACUCUCAGGCUGAGUGUGUGUAAUCUGUCAGAGAGAAGCUGUGCAGCUCUGGCCUCAGUUCUCAGCUCCCAGUCCUCUAGUCUGAGAGAGCUGGACCUGAGUAACAACCAGCUGCAGGAUUCAGGAGUGAAGCUGCUCUCUGCUGGGCUGGAGAGUCCACACUGCAGACUGGAGGCUCUCAGGUUGAGUGUGUGUAAUCUGUCAGAGAGAAGUUGUGCAGCUCUGGCCUCAGUUCUCAGCUCCCAGUCCUCUAGUCUGAGAGACCUGGACCUGAGUGACAACCAGCUGCAGGAUUCAGGAGUGAAGCUGCUCUCUGCUGGACUGGAGAGUCCACACUGCAGACUGGAGACUCUCAGGCUGUCAGGCUGUCUGCUCACACAGGAAGGCUGUGCUUCUCUGGCCUCAGCUCUGAGCUCCAACCCCUCCCAUCUGAGAGAGCUGGACCUGAGCUACAAUCAUCCAGGAGACUCAGGAGUGAAGCUGCUCUCUGCUGGACUGCAGGAUCCAACCUGGAGACUGGAGGCUCUCAGGGUGGACCAUGGUGGAGAGCAGUGGUUGAAACCAGGUCUGAGGAAGUAUUCCUGUGAACUCAAAGUGGACACAAACACAACAAACAGACACCUCUUCCUGUCUGAGGACAACAGGAAGGUGACAGGAGUGAGAGAGGAGCAGCCAUAUCCUGAUCACCCAGAGAGGUUUGACCUCUGGUAUCAGAUCCUGUGUAGUGAUGGUCUGACUGGUCGCUGUUACUGGGAGAUCGAGUGGGAGGGAUGGAUUUAUGUGGGAGUGACUUACAGAGGAAUCAGCAGGAAAGGAAACAGUGAUGAGUGUGGGCUUGGCAGGAAUGACAAGUCCUGGAGUCUGACCUGCCAUGAUGGUGGUUUCACUGCCAGACACAAUAACAGACAGAAAGACAUUCCUGCCCCCUCCUCCUCUAACAGAGUGGCAGUGUAUCUGGACUGGCCUGCUGGCUCUCUGUCCUUCUACAGCGUCUCCUCUGACACACUGAUCCACCUCCACACGUUCAACAGCACCUUCACUGAGCCUCUGUACCCGGGG